AUGCCCUACACAUUUGACUGGCUUAGCAAGAAUGUGGCUAAAAAGCUUCAAGGAAGAGAUCUGAGGCCUGUCAAAAGCCUGGCAGAUGCAAUUAAAUUCUGCCUGUUUUACAUACUUCAGGAGACUUCUCCCUGGUUGGCUUUCAAAACUGAAUAUAUUCCAGUUGAAUUUACCCUUCUGGAUGUCUUGGAGCCCAAUUUUCCUGUUCCAGAGCCUGAAGUGUCAGCUCCCAUCAACCUCAAACAUGACCUAUUUACGCAACUGAAGGCUAACGUGCAUGUCGAAACUAUUGCAGGAGGAGCUGUAGGGUUUGAUAAGUCCGGUGGAUAUGACAUCGAGUUUCAGAGUACAAGCAUCCCAACUCCAAAACUGGAAAGUCUUCAAAACAGGAAACUGUUGGAUCAGUUGCCAUCAUUUAUGACGAAUUGCCGGAUGGAUAGAAAGAACCUCUAUGUGGUGACAGAGGCCUUUGCAGUGACCAAGGAUACUGUGCUGGAAGGCAUAAGCAGUGUCAAUCUGUCAUUGAAUGGAUACAUCAAACGGUUUGUCAAGGGUCAAGUCAAGGGACAAAUGGUGAGAAUGGAUUCAAUAAGUAUCCCAAAGGGUUCGGUGCUGGCCUAUAAGAAGCAGCAAUUGGUCGUUGAGAAUAACACUUGUGUCAUUCUCCAUUCUGCUAAUGCUAAGAAGAAGACUUUUUCAGACCCACCUAAUUAUGCUUCUGCUCCUGAACCCACUGGCAGAUAUCAGAAUCUAAUCAUUGAUACGG